AUGGCCGAGAAGCACGGCUGGCCGUUCAUCGAGUGGUUCCGCCCGCGAGAGGCACACCUCGACCGCUCCCGCCGGCUACUCGCCACGGGCAGGUACGCCGACGACCCCUCUAGCAUCAGCGGACCAGGUUGGGAGGAUGAGAAUCCCGUUACGGAAGCCCGUCUCAAGGACGGCAAGGCAGGCAACCAGGAGAAGGUUUCGGCGCGGGUGCCGGGGCUGUCCCAGAGACCGGCAGCGAUACCACCCACAGCCUCACCAUUGACGGCACCGCCACUGACAACACCGCAACCACUCCACACCCCGCCCCAAGCCGAGCCCUCAAACACGGCACAAACCAUCCCCAUCACCAUCCCUAUUCCCCCCCUCCCCACCGAACCCAAUCCCAAACCAAAAACAGAACCCAACACCGAGACCAAAGCCAACCCCAAGAAGGAAGCCACCAAGCCUCUGCCCCUGGCCCCCAAGGCCGGUAGAAGCAGGAAGCGGGCGGCUAGCGCCGCGCUCCGGGAGGGGAACGAGGGCGGAGCCGGAGCCGGGGAUGGGGCUGGGCGCCCUGCGGUGAGGCGCAGCCCGCGGGUGAGGGCAAGGAGUUUGAGUAGGGAGUAA